CAUAUGAUAUGGUGCCUUUUAUGUGUAGAAUUGCUGUCAGGAUUUUUCCAGAUACUGUCUUUCUAGUAAUAACUGUUCCAGCUUCUAUAAAAGAUAAACUGAACUCUCAAAAUUGCAUUUGGGUACUAAAUGCCACACAGAAAGUUAUCCUAAACAUUUUCCCACACAUAUUUGUUAUCGUGCAUUUUUUGUUGUUGAUUUUAGGGGUACAGGAGCAAAGGAAAUAGUCUCUAAUGAAUAGAAAAGAAAUGCAGAAUCUCAGGAGCUGUGACUGUUCUCACAUCUAAUGAAGAGUAAAGGGCUAUAGAAUCUCAGGAGCUGUGACUAUUCUCCCAAGUGAGAGGGGAGAGUGAGGGAGCAAAAUGGCUCACUUCUCAUUGUGGAUCCAAGCCAGUCUUAUCAUCAUGUUGGCACUUUAUUUUUCCUCUGAUACUGUAACAUCUCGGUUGCCUGACAACAGGAAGCCACCAGACUGUAAGGCAUAUGGACAACUACCAUUUUAUUGCACCAGGGAGUAUGAACCUGUCUGUGCAUCUAAUGGAAUCUCCUAUGGUAACGAAUGCAUGUUUUGUCUGGAAGUUAGAAAAAAUAAACCUUCUCUUACUUUUGAACACUGGAGUGAAUGUUGACCUUUGUCGAUGUGGUGCUAUACAUCCCUAUGACAUUUCUUGUAAUCCUACUCUGCUGUUGGAUUCUAUGGAAUGUAGUCUGUAGUGCCUUAAAUUCCUACGGAAGUAGAUGGAUCCUAUUUUAGAGGGAGUAUAGAUUAUAAAAAUUGGAAUACUCUUGUAAUUCCAAAGUACUAUUUAAAAUUACAAUUAUCUGUCAGUCUUCAAAUAUUUGAUGAAGCUCUGAAAAACACAGACAUGUAAUUGUGUAUUUUAAUGAUGAAACAAAGAUAUUUCUCAAUCAAUAAAUACUUUGCUCAAUGAA